AUGUUUUCUCUGUUUUAUGGAUUGUGGAAGUACGCUUUUAGCAAGACGGAGUUUCAUGUUCUCAUUCUUGGAAUUGACAAGGCUGGAAAAACGACAUUACUGGAGAAAUUGAAGUCACAUUACUGUAACGUGGAAGGGCUUCCUGCUGAUCGAAUUGUUCCAACCGUAGGACUCAACAUUGGUCGAGUUGAAUUGUCAAACACAAAACUUGUAUUCUGGGACCUGGGAGGUCAGCCUGGACUUCGCUCAAUUUGGGAGAAAUAUUAUGAAGAGGCACAUGCUGUGAUUUACGUAGUUGAUGCGGCUAACCCUUCUCGUUUUGAGGAUUCAAAAUCUGCACUCGAGAAGGUUCUUCAGCAUGAGGAUCUGCAAGGAGCCCCACUUUUGAUAUUAGCAAACAAACAGGAUCGUGCAGAAGCUGCGUCCGCAGAAGAACUUUCUCGGUACCUGGACCUCAAAAAAUUGGACGAGAGACUUUACACAUUUCAAGCUGUUUCAGCAAUUGAUGGGCUGGGGAUUAAAGAAAGUGUAAGCUGGCUAGUCGACGCUAUGGAGAGAAGCAAGAGAACUCAAAUGUUGAGAGUUCGUGCAGGAUCUAGUGCUGUUUAG